UCAGAGUGCAGACAUUCCACGGAAAUUUGUCCGAGGUUUCUAGCCAAAUUUCGGUUUCAAAACGAUAAAAAUGGAUACUUGAAGGAAGAUAUGGCGCUUAAAUGCAGGGAAGAACUAGUUGGGAAACGGUUUUUGUCAGUCAGAAGCCUCACAAAGCUAAAAGUUAGCAAAAUAGGUGACUGGGAAUGGCGGUCAGGAGUUAUACGAGCUGUUUCACCGACGUGCAGAGAUACUACAAGCACGGAAUUGACGGUUCUGGUGGAAUUUGAUGACCGUGACUGGCAAAAGCGGGAGUGGAUUAAAGUACACGAGGUUUUUCAAGUGUUUUUGGUUGAGCAUACUCUUGUUUGGGCAGAGCGGCAGGAUCCAGGAAAGCCUCGUAAUCAAGUCACCUGGCCAGCUUUGUGUUACAAAUCGUACGUAGACAAAGUUGGACUGACGUCGGGGAGAAAGAAACCUGUUGAGUAUCUCCUUGAUAGAUCAGUGGGCUUUGUGGAAGAAAAGGAGUAUUCUUUUUACCAGGAAGGAGAGGAAAGUAAAAAAGAGCUUGCACUACAGUAUGGUGAUGGUGAUGUACAGAAGGCUGUCAAGUGUUGGGUGGACUAUCAGGAUGGGCAGCGCAUUCUGUUGACCACACCCACUGUUCUUGUCGGCUACCGAGUAGAAGUGUACCGAGCUGAAGGUACCACCCAGUGGUACACAGCAGUCAUACAGUCAUACAACCAUACUACUAAGACUUUAGCUGUUACUGAUGACACCGUCUUGGAAGAGCAUAAUGAAGAUCCUGCAUAUACUCAGAUGCACCUCAUAGAUGAUGGAGUUGUGGACUCCAUACUUCGAGGCGUUGAAAUUGGAAUUACACCUCGUCGCAGACCCAGACAUACCCAUAAUAAUAACAAGGAACAUCAACAGGCUCACUUCACUCGCCGCCAACCCCCUAGCAAUCCGGCCACUCCAACUAAUACGCCAGUGAUUCGACCUGUCAUCAGUGGAGGCCGAAAUAGUAAAACACGACAGAGACAUACCUCGGGAAGCAGUACACCAGGAGAGCAGGAGAAAGUUCUAGAAAAAGCUCCAGUAAAAACUAAACAGCCUGUUUCAAAGGAAAGGAAGAGAAAGAGUGAGGAUCAGGCGGAGGAGAUAAAACGUUCUGCAUCCCCAGGGAAACGCCAGAAAAACACGAAUGAAGCUGAUAAACCUGAGUCUCCUGUACCAGAGAGUACAGAGAGUAUUAAAGACAAAGUGAAAGUUCCUUCAGAGGAAGACUGUGUGAAAGAGAGUCGGGUUUUAAAGUUAAAACCCAGACGCUCUAAAGAUAGUGUUGGGAUUACUUGUGUUAACAAACCUACAAACAGUAUACCAAAAGAUAAUAAUCAGCAUAAAAACUCCACAAAAACUGACCUUCCUGUGAAGGUCAAGGACACUGUGAGUAAGCCUAAGAAUUCUGAAAACAGGAAGUUAAAGAGCGAGAAGAUCAGAUUGGCAGCAGUCAGUGACUCUAGUGAAAGCAAUGAGGUCAGGAAGGAAACUGUGUCUGAUAACCCCGUAGUGAAAGCAGGGGAAAAUGAGUCAAAAUCAACUGAUACUGUGAAAAUAAACCAUCUGCUUUCAUCUGACGGGAAGCCAAGGCAGCAGGAAGCAGUGGUGGACGAUAAUAUGCACUUCAAGAAACAAUUACUCAUUAGUUCAGGGCAGAAUCAUCAACCAUCUCUUGCUAAUAUUGACUUGCAAAGACCAUUGACUGACCAAGUGACCAAACUUGCCAAGGCUGAGAAUAUAUCAUUGAAUGGUGAUGGAAAAUCUUCAUCUGAGAUCAACCGCAACUCAGAGGCAGCUACUUCCAUGGCUGAAAUCUCAUCAGAAAAGAGUGACAAAAUGGAAACAAAACCUCAGGCUUUGAGUCCAGAUAGGUCUCGGGAUAGUUUUACAAGUAGUGUGCUGUCGCACUUUAAUGCCAUUGCACCACGUAGCAAUACUACUACACCUGCCACAGAAGACAGGUCAGACUCAAGAGAAAGGUCAGACUCUCGUGCAAGUGAUGAGCGCUAUUAUUCAGGAUAUCAUGAAGAAAAAAGGCCUAGUUCUCGACUAGACGAUCUCAGAAGUUUAAAAAACAGUCCAGCAUCUAGUCCAUUAAUAGUGCUUGGUAACGAACCUGUUCAUCCAUAUAGAGACCCUGAAUUGAUGCGGAAAAAUCCUGUGCAAAGUAAUGUAUUAGCGCAUCCAAAGACAAUGACUCAGCCUACAUAUCAAAGUGUGCACAACCCAGUGCCAGCUCCUAUACCUGGCAUACCCGUCUCUUCCUCAUCCCUCUCCUCCCACCCCAUCUCCCACACACUGCUCACCUCCCUACCAUACCACCACCAACUCAGUUCCUUGAACCCCAUCUCUCACCCACUCCCUCUACCUCAUUCAUACCCUAGAGAGUUGGAUGCAUUCACAGCAAGGGGAAUUGUGGCACAACAGCAGCAACAGCAGCUUGCAGCAAUGCACCAAUUACAAAAUGCGCAUUUAAUGCAACUACCUUAUUCUCAUCGUAGAGUGAGUCAGUUGGAACUGUUAUGGCAGCAAAAAUUCCCUUCAGUGCCCAUUCCUCCUCCCUGGGCUCUUGCUAAACACCAGGAGGAGCUUAUUGGAGAAGCAACUAGGGAAAUGGAACGGGAACGCAUGGAACGAGAACGGGUGGAACUAGAACGGAUAGAACGAGAAAGGAUCGAAAGAGUGGAACGGGAUCGGCGGGACAGGGAACGCAAAGAACAGCGAGACAGGUUAGAGAAAGCUGAAAGAGAGAAAGCAGAAAGGGAAAGACAAGAACGAGAGAAACAACACGAAUUGGAAAGGUUGGAGAAGGAACGAGAACGGCAAGAUAGACUUGAGAGGGAAAGGCGGGAACAUUCGCGUCUGCUCCGAGAACAGGAACAGAGACAGGAGAGGGAAAGGAUCUUACAUGAGUCAUCUGAUGCUCUUGCUGCAGUUGAUAAACACUUUACAGAGUCUCUGAGACUAGCAAGUCAAAGGGCCCCUGGCUCAGCGUGGCCUCUUCCUUCAAUAACAAGGGGAACUGGCAUACCUAAGCCAGAACCACAGACCCGCUCAGGACUUCAUUCACUUCACGAUACAAGGAAAGAAGAAGAUAUUAUAACUAAACGAGAAAGUGAGAGGGAAAGAGAGAGACAUCAUCAUCAAGAGAUGGCAGCAAGACAGCAGAUGGAUGAGAAGAGAUACAUUCAAUCACAACAUGAUGCAUAUAAGCAAAUGAUUGCUGAUGCUCAUCAGAAAAGUGAAAAUAAAGACUCUAAAGUGGAUACCUCUAGAUCACCGAAUGAUGGUAAAAAUAUGUAUGGUUAUCCAUACCCCUAUCCAGGAGGAUCUUUCCCUCCUGACAAACACAGGACUAUUUUUAACUUGUAUGGCUAUCCAUCUCAACCACAUCCUUCAAUAAUAACACCAGAGCAACUGCAGCAGCAUGGAUUAGCUCCUACCGGUAAGCAUAUCAAAGAUGAAAAGCAAGACCCUAAGACCUUCCCAGCUCCAGCCCAUUCCGGUCAUGUGCUUUCACAGUCACCAAGGUCAAAGGAAAUUCAGAUGGCACAUCAGCAUCCGAAGGAAAAGCACAGCUCAGUGAUAGUUGAGAAUAAGUCCAGUGUGAAAUCUGAAAGUCCUCAUUAUGGCAGUCCAGCACCCAUGUCAUCAUCCCCUCGCCCUCAGCCACGCCCUGCACACACCCCAGAACAUCGGCCGGACCGACCUGUUUCAUCGUCAGCUAGUCCAGCAGGUAUUCCACAUAUGUUUCCUCAUGCAGUCAGUACAACAGGGGGCUCCAUGUUUCACCAAACACACCCUACUGCGUUUAGGCCCCCAGAAAGUUCUCGAUCUCAAAGUCCAUACAAGUCAACUAGUCAGCAGUCUCACCAACAACAGCAGCAGCAGCAGCAGCAGCAGCAGCAACAUCACCAGAGCUCCCCCCUGUCACAACCUGUGGAUUAUUGCAAGUCCUCCUCUUCAUCCAGUGCAAAGCUCAAAUCUGCUGGAGCUUCUCCAGCUCACAUACCCAGCCCCUCAAACAACCACCCUGCCCCAAGCAGCACAACAGCAGGGCACCAUCCUGGACAAUCCACAGCAGCUUAUCCUGCUAUUGCACAACCUCCAGUCUCGUUACCACCCUCCACGCUUUCAUUUACAUAUAGCUUAAUUCAGCAAGGACUAGUGCCAAACCCCAUUUACAGUCAUGGGCCAUCACAAAGUGCUGCCAAACCUGCCACUGUGCAGAUAACAAGGACUCCGACUCCUUCAGCUAUAGUGCAUACACCAAGUUCUGUUCCCUCUCCUAUGAUGUCUGUGUCGCCACCAUCUUCACAGUCUAACCCUGCCACAGGGCAAAAGAGAAAGCCUAAUCGUGAUAAUGGUGGAAAGAAGCGUGCUAGAGGCCAGGCAUGCUCGCUUUCCCCUAACUCACCAUCUCCAAUGGUGACAGUACCUGUGACCACCCCUCAAAUUCUAACAAAUCCUUCACCCUACACCACAACAACUACCACUACUACCCCCAAAUCUGGAAUACCUUCAGUGACAACACCUGCCACUACAGGGUCCACCACCUCCUCCUCCUCAUCUUCAUUCUCUGCAGCAGCAGUAACUGCUCAGCUCUCAAAUCCUUUCUCAAAGAAUUCAGGUUUCAUGGACAGUUUUCGCUCUUUUGUAGAAAGCACUGUGACAAGUGUGUUUCAACAGGAAGAGAAGAAGAACCCUGUGGGGGACAAUAAUAGAACCAUGAACAGUCACAAAACGGCAGCAGAAAGUGAGAAAGUGUCUGUUCCAGCUGAGGUCAAGGUUGAGAAAAUGGAGGUAACAACCACUCCUCCUCCUGCUCCACCACCCAGUCUACCUCCCCCACCUAGCACUGUGAAUGAGGAUACGUCAUCAUCUGUGGUGACCACUUGCAGCAACGUCAGUAGCAACAUUGCUUCCAGUUACAUGGACACCAUCAACAGGGUAGCCAAUGGACAGAUGGACACUGAUAGUGAUACAUUAAGUGCUCCUAGCCCUCCUCCUCAAUCAAAAUCAGAUGCAAGUCCAUUAAAUAAAUCUGGAAGCCAUCCGAAAAAUCUUAAAAAGGCUUGGUUACAGAGACAUUCUGAUGAGGACAAGGAAAUGAAAAGUGUUCCAGUUGCGGGUGAGGGGAAUUCAUCGAAAGAUGUUAAAAACAAUGUACUGAAAGAAUCAAUGGAUUCCUCCAAUAGUGAAAGUUGUGCUGGCUCUCCAUCAGCUGUUCUGCCCAAUGGUAACAUCACUGAUCUCGGUAAACAGGACGAUGAAUCUACCUCAUCAGCCUCGGAAACAGAAACAGUGUGCACUGAGAGCACACAGCCAAAGAAGAGAGUGAAAACCAAGAAGACCAACAUUGGCGCUUAAAAAUUUAAAACAGAAGAACCUGCAAACAAUUCCCGGAAAAAGACGGCCAAUAAGCGAAAAGAGAGGGAGACAAAAGAAGCUAAAACAAAGGAAAUCAAGAAGGAAGAAGAAGUUGUAACAAAAAAGGCUGAAGAGAAGCCCAAGAUACCAUCAACUAAACCAUCUAGGGAUAGAGAUAGUGUCAGCCCACCACCUCCGUCCAAUACCAAACAGCAGCAGCAGCAGCAGCAACAACAACAGCAACAGCAGCAGCAGCAGCAACAACAACAACAGCAACAAGAAGAAAGUCCAACUCAGCAACCGAAACAGACUGAGUCUACAGAGCAACCAGUCAAAGAAAAGAAGAAAAACAGGAGGUCCAAAGAAUCUUCAAAGGAUUCUCAAGAUGGCAAGAAUGGCUCCUCUUUCAACAAACCGCUAGUAAAGCACUCUGUUGCAACACUGAAACGAACAUGUCAGCCUUUUGUCCAGGACGCCUCUUGUGCUGAAAUUACACCAAAGCUGAUGAAGUGUCGAGAGUGCAAAAUGACGUCCACCCAACGCAGCAAGAAACUACCCAACAUCUUCUGUAGAUUUUAUGCGUUCAGAAGACUGCGCUACAGUCAGAAAGGUGUGGUGACGAUAUCUGGCUUCUCCGAGUUGUCUGAUGCAGAAAUGGAUGAUAUCGAACCCUGGUUAUCCAGAACUCCAGUUCAAGAGCCUGCUUUGGAUAUUGAGACGUCUAAGUUCAUCAUCACUCGUGUGGGAGACAAGUUCUGUGAACUGGUGGAGCAGGAGCGUGAAACGAAAGCCCUGGCCGGGACCAACGCUAAAAUAGCAUGGAAGCGAGCUGUGACAGGAGUUCGUGAGAUGUGUGAUGUCUGUGAUACUACGUUGUUCAACAUGCACUGGGUGUGUCAUAAAUGCGGAUUUGUCGUCUGCCUUGACUGUUACAAGGUGAAGGUCAGGGGCAGCAAGGACGAUGGCAAAAGUGAGUCCCUGUUCAUACCCAGUAGGAAGGAAGUUAAGGCAGUUGAGGAUCAUCGAUGGCUGACCUGUAGCGCCAACAGACAACCUCACGAUGCAGAGAAACUUAUGCUUACUCAGAUCAUUCCUAGUGAUGCAUUAUGGGAACUUGGGAAGCUGAUCCAUGAGAUCAGAGCAAAGUGGGCCAUUCCAGCCAAGUGUCCAUGUGGUCAGGUUACAGAUGCUAAGAUCUCGGGGAAGAACGGGCUAAACCAGCAAAUCUUAAACAAUUUGUCUGGUAAGAAGGCCCUGGUAAACGGUUUGGGUGAAGAACCUCACCAUGGGAAGAAAUCUAAGAAGCAGUCUCACCAUUCAUCCAAUGAGGUCAGUGUCAAUGGCAAGGGUACUUACAACCCAGACAUUGCCUCAUCACCUCUCAGUCUCCUCGCUGAUGUCGCCUCCAUGGAUUCCGAGAGCAGUCGAGAUCGUAGUGACUCCCCUUUCAGCAAGAGGAAGUCUGACCAACAGGAGAAGAAAGCUGCGAGCGAGCCUGCUGCUGAAUCCAAUGACCCGAAUGACAAGAAGAUGCCUGCAAGCUGUUCAACCCUACGUGAGCUGCUCACCAAGACAGCGGGCAAGGUCAAGGUGCAGAACGAUGGCAACAAGACCAAAUCCAAGGCAAAGUCAUCUGGGAACACCCUCGAUGAUAUCAUUCAGUCGGUUGUGGAGAAAAGCUGUCGUGACAUUGACAACACCCAACCGUUCAAGUUCAUGCAUUAUACACCCGUCUUGGGGGGGACUCGGGACCUGCCGAUCAUGGUGCACAACCUCACUGAAACUAGUGUUCUGUAUCCUGAUGUUCCACAUUCCUGGCUGUGUGACGGCCGACUGCUUCGCCUGCAUGACCCACGACACAAGGGCAACUUCAAGAUCUUCCAGGAACAGUGGAAGAGAGGUCAGCCUGUGCUGGUGUCCGGGGUCUCCAAGAAUCUAGACUCUACCUUGUGGCAUCCUAAGUCUUUUGGAAAUGACUUUGGUCAUCAGGAGAACGACCUGGUUAACUGCCGCACUGGGAAUGUGAUCAUCGGACAUCAGAUGGGAGAGUUCUGGGAUGGCUUUGAGAGGAUUACAUGUCGUCCACAAGAUGAGAAUGAUGACCCGAUGUUGUUGAAGCUGAAGGAUUGGCCCCCUGGUGAUGAUUUCAGUGAGCUUUUGCCUCGUCAUUAUCAGGACCUGAUGCAGGGCCUUCCACUACCUGAAUACACUGACAGGCAGGGCAAACUCAACCUUGCCUCUCGUCUACCGGACUUCCUGGUCAGGCCAGAUCUCGGACCCAAGAUGUACAAUGCCUAUGGCUCUGCCAGUUUCCCUUCUGAGGGUACAACAAAUCUCCAUCUGGAUAUCUCAGACGCUGUCAAUGUGAUGGUGUAUGUAGGCAUCCCAAGUGGUGGGGAUGGGGGCAAGGAGGUGCACGAAGCAGCUGCUGUGAAGGCUAUAGAUGAUGCUGGGUGUGAUUCCAUUACCAAGCGCCGUGUGAGAGAGGUGAAUGAGGUGCCUGGUGCUCUCUGGCAGAUCUAUGAUGCUCAUGAUGCUGACAAGAUUAGAGAUUUCCUCAACAAGGUUGCGAAAGAGCGUGGUGAGACUAUUGAACCCGACCAUGACCCAAUUCACGACCAGAGCUGGUACCUUGACGAGGAGCUCCGGGAGCGAGUGUACAAGGAGUAUGGUGUACAGGGCUACACUAUUGUGCAGUGUAUGGGUGACGCCAUCUUCAUUCCCGCAGGUGCCCCACAUCAAGUGAGGAAUCUGCACAGCUGCAUCAAGGUAGCAGAGGACUUUGUAUCACCGGAACAUCUCAACCACUGCUUCCGUCUCACGCAGGAGUUCCGCCAACUCUCCGACACUCACUCUAACCAUGAGGAUAAACUACAGGUGAAGAACAUCAUCUACCACGCUGUGAAAGAUGCUAUUGCUGUUCUCCGGGACACAGACCCUGACGAGGAUGACUGAUCCAUCCCAUCAACGCUGAGGCUGGCAGAACCCCUACAACUGCACUCUCUCAAUACGAGAUGACCGCAGACAGAAGGAUUCCUUCACAACCCACAGUAGACAGCACUGCGGUGCGCAAGGCUGCAACUGAAGAUGGCUUCAGAUCGGAUGUAAUUAGAAUCAAACACCACAAAACUUGACACCAGUCAAGUGCCAUUACUUGACGCCUAUCAAGUGAUGCUUGACUUACCAGGACUGACAAAUUCUCGUGCUGCAGAUUUUCAAAAGUGCUCAAAAAUAGAGGAAGACUACUAUUGUUGCCUCAGUUACAUCUGCUGUAGGCCAUGUGGACGGACAGGUUGACUGACAGUUAAGGCAUCAGGAAGGAAGCACCACUGCCAUGUUACUUUUAAAACAGAACUCUUCCUGCCUGCCUAGAGUUGUGCCACAUGCCCUAUUAGGUGCUUAGAUGCUACAAGAUCCCCAGGAACAAGGGGGAAAGGAGAGAACUGGACAGCUCAUUUGGGCUUUGCUUUAUAACUUUCUUUCUCUCCUUUGUUUUUGGAUUUACAAGAACUGUGAAUUGUUUGUGUUGGUGCAUAGUAUGGACCAUAUAUAUUGUGGAAAUGUUCUAGAUGUGCGUGUUUCGGCUUGAGAAGGAUCUUGCUUGAAGGAGUUUACUGUACAAAAAAGUGCUCAAUUUGAUUUCAACACUGGCUGUGUAGAAUUGUACAAGGUGUCACGUGUGAUUAUCGGCAUGGAGAAAGAGACCUUGCGAAAUAAUCACUGCUCUCCAUCUUUGCUGAUCUUUUCCAGUUAUUUUAACAUUUGCCGAGUUAAACUUAAAGAGUUUAAUAUGGACUUAUGGACUACGUAAUAAAUACUUUGGUGUUUAGUGUGAAAAGACACUACGUAGCUUCAGCUACAAGACAACUUGGCUUGUUAUUGUUGUAUUUUUUUAAAUCCUUUUUUUUUUUCUCUUAAAUCUCCGAGGCAUAAAGCCAUGUGAUUUCAAUGGUCAGGGAUUUUGCGUUUGCCAAGCCUAUAGUACGUGAUAGCCUUAUUAAUAUGAGAAUUGUAUAAUUUAAAUUACCUGAGACUAUAUGAAGGUCGUCUGUAGUAUAGCGAUGGAGUUCACUAUGGUUGUAUGCCUCUAUGGGCUUACUGUAUACAAUGUAAUAUGUCUCAACUCUUAAGUUGACGGUGUUUAUGUUUGUCAAAAGACUAAGGGCAACAUUGCCCCUACAGUGUUGUAUAAACCUACUGCAUUAUGUUGUAUAUAUACACAGAGUAUCGUUAUCACAUUGCUGUAUCAUCAGAUUGUUUCUAUGGGGCCAUACCUCCGUAUUACACAUUUCACAUUCAUAAUCCCUGUUAUUUCAUCGUUGGCUUUCAUUUUUACAUUUCAUUAUAUUAUUUACAUUUCCCUUUCACAGAACAUUGUGGAUUGGCCAUACGUUAUCAUUUGUUUUCACAUUUUUGCAUUUCUAUUUAAGAAGCUUUGUGAAUAAGCAUGCAAAAUAUUGCAAUCUUGAAGGUGUUCAUAGUUCUGACGACUAUAGUGUUAGAAAUUCGUACCACUAGCUAAAAUGUGGCUAAGGACACUGCAGUGGCUCGAGAGAUGGCCUGCUGUUGGUGAGAUAGGGGCGUAGAAAACGUCAUUCAUGUCAACCAAUUGACAACCAUACUUACAUCCAUCUUGUUAAUGACUACAUAUUACAUACUAGCCGUGUACAGACCAUGAUAGAUUAUUUUUAUAAAGAAAUGUGGAGCAAAAUGUUUAUUGUUCCUUUCAGGCAACAUUGACGUGUUACGCAUAACAGCUAGAGACUUUUAGUAUUGUCCUAUCAUUCUUAAUAAAAAAGAUUAUUUCCCCCUGAUAA